CUUUCCCUUUUUUCGCUCCUUUCUUCUUCUUUUCUCAUUUCCCCCUAUAACCGAAUUGCGGUUAGUUAUUCCUUCAGCGUCCUUGUUCUGUUGACUUCAGUGUCCACGUUAGCAGUUUGCUUGCCUGCAAGGACCGUUUAGAGCUUCUUCCUGGACCAAUAUCUAGAUUUUUGACAGAUUGAGAUAAAUGGUCUGAAAAUUUGAACUGGGGCACAUGAAACUUAUUAUUUGCUUAUAGCACUCUAUACCUGGAAAGAGCCAGGUUGAGGAGAUUCAUCGAAAAGGAAAAGAAUAAGCGAUUGUCGGCCGGUAGCCCGACAACAUCGAUUCUGUAGCCUGCAGUAUGGCAGGCUCAAUAUGUUCAAUGGCCAUCCAAAAGACCUGGCUCAAUUCCCACCAGAGGCUGCCAAUGGGUCUUCAGGCUACAGCAAAGAGGGUCAGCGAAGAAACCCGACGCAGAAAAACCAGAGUCUGUUUCACCCUGACCCCAGCCCCGGCUGCUUGGUCCUGACUGUGUGUAGGCCGAAGAAAUCGCCUAUCCUCUCACGGAUUCCGCUUCCUACUGCACAUGAGAAUAUCUACACCAUCCCUAACAUUCUCACCUUUUCUCGCCUGGUCGCUGCGCCUCUGGUUGGCUACUUCCUGGUGCAUGAGCACCAUGCGGCAGCUUUGGCUUUGUUUGCCUACGCAGGCAUCACAGACCUCGUUGACGGUUAUAUUGCACGGCGAUAUAACCUCCAGACCGUUGUUGGCACGAUUAUUGACCCGAUGGCGGAUAAGCUGCUGAUGACGAUUGGCGUCGCUUGUCUUGCCGUUAACGGGUCGAUACCUGGCGUAGUAUGGCUCGCCGUGAUCAUUCUCGGUCGGGACGUUGGUCUCGCGAUUUCCGCAUUCUACUACCGUUGGAUUUCGCUUCCGCCGCCAAAGACCAUGGCCCGGUACUGGGACUUUUCGCUCCCGUCUGCGGAGGUGAAGCCAACUGGGAUCUCGAAAGUCAACACAGCGUUGCAGCUGCUGCUUGUGGGAAGCGCGAUAGCUCUUCCCGUUGUCCCGGAAGCUAAGUCUACCAUUUCCCGCCGUGUUUUUAUGUUUGGGCGCACAGGGAAGCUCUGGCGGUACAAGUAG